AUGUCAUCCUCCACGUCUAUUUCUGUUCUUGCAACCGAAUCCGUGCACCCAGAAUUUCCGGCUGCUCAAACCCUUCCGUUUCUCUGGCCCGCCGCUUCCGCACCCCUCGAAGCUCCCGAUUUGCCGCUGCUAGUGCUCAUCAAACGGGCUACCGAAAACAACGUUUCGUCCUCUGCGCUUCCGACGUCGCUCGAAAGUGCAUCAUCGCGUCCGCCGGAACUUUCUCUUUCCAGCAGCGCAACUCCCACGUCGCUAGCGUCUCUGACGGCCCUUCUGUCGACCAUUUCCACACCUAGGGAAAGUAGCCAGAACACAAACACUGGCGCACUUACGAGCACCAGCUCUUCGAAAUCCGCUUCUCCAAGCACAACUUCGUCGUCCGCAUCUUCCAUGUCUACCAAUAGUCUGUCGCUGGCUGUGCUGUUGUCCAGCCUGAGCAGUUGGCUGCUGGCCACCCUUCUGCUGUCCAGCGAGCGUCUGAGCUCCGCUUUGCUGAGUUCUGCGACGCUGCUGCUGGUGAGCUCAUCACUGUCAUCUUCGUCGUCGUUUUCGUCAUCGUCGUCGGCCGUUUCGUCGUCUUCUUCUGCAUCGAGCAGCGCGCUGCUGUCUCUGUCGCUGGCCGCAUCGUCCAGCUCCUCUGUGUCGUCGAGCUCUUCGCUUUUGCUGAGCUCGUCGUCCUCUUCGUCCUCUUCGUCCUUUUUUUCGUCUUCCUCGACGUUUUCGUCCAUAAGUUCUUCCUCUACUGUAACUUCUCUGGAGACACUGCUGUCCACGUUCAGCUCCUCGUCGCUUUUCCCCAGCUCCACGUCGACGUUCCCGCUGUCGACCUCUAGUUCUCUGUUUUCGUCCACUAAAACGACGCCUUCUCUGUCGGCACCAUCGACCACUGUUCCACCAUCCUCUAGCUCCAUGCGCUCGUACUAUUCCACGAUUGUGCUGCCAGACACCACGAUCACAACCUUGAUCACUGUGCCCACAGCUGCAGAGACCAAUAAUAAUAAUAACCCAGGUAGUGGAGGCAGCCAGACAGGAAAACUUGUAGGUGGCAUUGUGGGCGCCAUUGGUGGAUGUCUCAUCAUCGGUGUGUUUGCAUUUUUAUUUCUUCUCUGGCGCCGUAGAGGCAGAAUAACCAACCAGCUGCCGGACUUUGCUGACGACAACCUGGAAGAAAACCAAGAGAAAUUUGGUUUCAAGAAGUUGUUUGGCGCUAAGUCGACCCCUCCUUCGGGAACCCGCGGUGUGUCCGGAUACAAUGACUUGGAAAACCAGCUUAACGUUAAGUCUGCUGCUUUAGGCGGUGCAGCUGGUGCCCAAUAUGGAUCUCAUGAUACAGACACAGAUUUCGAGUACAGAGGUGUUAGCAACAGCAACAACUUGGGCUCCGUGUUCCGCUCCAGUGGCAACAACACCGGUCUGAAUAGUGGUGGCAUGAAUUCGAGCUCGGCAAGUACUCGUCAAAACCACUCUCGAUAUAAUUCUGUGGCGGGACCGCCAAUGGAAACAAUGGACGAGGGUGACCAUGCACAAGAUAUCUUUGAUUUCAACACCGACAAUACUGUCGAGCUGAGUGAAGACCGUCUGUCUGAGUUUGAUUUCGAUGACGAUGUUUUGCGACCUGAACGACAGCCGGUAUUCCCUAGUGGCGAUUAUCACAGCAACACAUCCAAGCUGCGAUUCACAGAGGAGAUAUAG